AUGACUUUCCGUAGCACUGCGGAGGAAAUGGAACGACUCCAACUCUCCGAUGAAGACACGGACGACCUCUGGGAUUCUCCCUCUAAGCGGGGCACUAGGAAAGUGAAUCGAACACCCGUUAAAGAGGAGAGUACCACGCCCCCGCCCAUUUCCUCUCACGAUGGUGAAACGCUGUUCGACCGCCAAGAAGCGCGCGAGGCAGCCUUGCGGAACGAGUUACAGACUGUCCGGAACAUCAAUCAGGUGAUUGAGAGCCUUCUAAGUAGCCUUGAUCGGGCAAAGGGUAACAUGGACACUGUUUCGCGUACGGUUGAUUCCGCGUCAACAUUACUAAACACUUGGACGCGAAUUCUCUCCCAGACAGAGCAUAAUCAGCGGUUGAUCCUCAAUCCAAACUGGCAAGGUGCUGUUCAAGAUGUCGCCGACUUGGAGAACGAAGAACGCCUCAAGCAACAGGCCGCGGAAAGACGUGAACGAGAGUUGCAGGAACAGAGGGAGGCCGCGGCUCGGAGAGCCGCGGAAGAAGAGAAGAGAAGAACGCAAGCCGCUGCUCGAGGCACACGUGGCAGGGUCCGCAGCAGCGGUCUGGGAAGAACACCAAGUGUCUCCUACUCAAGAACCAAUCCGAGUGCAACAAGGACCACAUCAACUGCGACAAGAGGAUCUACAACCACAACUACACGGAGACCGGAUGAAUCGCCCGAAGUUGAACGGGCAAUGUCGCCUGCCCUCGGCGAUGCCAAUCGCGUGAAAUCGCCCAUUAUCAGAUCUCCUGUCGGCUCUCCUCCGGUUCCAGGUCUCGCAUCCAACGCGCUUCCGUCACCGAGUCACUUCGCCGGCAGUGGUCAACCAGGAGCAACUGGGUUUGGAAACAGUGGCUAUGGCGGAGAUGUCGAAAGUGGGAGAUGGAAUAUGGGAGCUUUCGAUACGAGCCUACCCAUCCACUAA